CUUAAUUUGUUUUACAAACAUCCAAACUUCAAUUUUAAAUAGCAUGAUUUUGCAUCGUUAAUAAACGUAGCAUUUCAUUUUCAGGUAAUGUUUUUAAUGAAGAAACCAUUUUUUUCUGAAAAUUAUUACUGACAAAUCGAGCACUACUGGCUUGUUAACAUUUUACUCAAACAUAUGUUAUUACUUGAAACGUGGAAAGUUUUUCUGGACUACCAAAUUGGUUUUACUUCGUCAACAAAAAGACUAAGCAACUUUUUAUCUAACGAUCUACUUUACUACCAGUUUUAUUUUGUGUCUACUAAGAAUGAAAACGAGGAUUUUUUACUGAGAUGCCAAAACUCAUAUAUGAAAAAAAGAAAAGAGCGUAAUAGAUUACGUGAAGAAAAAAAUUCUCGUUUUCAACAAACUUUAAGCUAUAAUCAUCCGCUCCACAUUUUUAUUACCAAUCAACCAGUUAGUAAGACAUAAACAUACUCGGGAUUACUGCUAAUUGCACACUUUUUUUUUAAGGUAUAAUUUUAUCAUGUUUUUUUUUCUAAACAUGAAUGAAUACAUUUGUUACAAAAAAAACUUAAACAAGGUUUCUAAUUGUUAAUUUUGGAUGUCGACCACGUUAUUGUACUCAUACUCUAUUGACAUUCAGCUUUUUGUUGGUUUCGCUACAAAAAAAUGUUUUGUCCCUAAACCUUUUGUUAUUGCAUGAUCUGCUCGGGACAGCUUUAUAUGACCUAAUAAAUGGCAAAUUCAACGUAAAAAGAAACUCUUAAAAACUUUGUAAGGAUUCGCGACAUAACCUACUAAGACAAAUCGGCGUCAUGACAAAAGUUAAAGCUUUUACACUUCGUAAAAAGGAAAAGGAAGAGUUGUUGAAAGAUUUACAAAGUCUUAAGCAAGAGUUACUUAAUGCACGAACGUCUGCCACUUCGAGUACCUCGUCUAAUACACUUUCGCAAGUCCGAUCUAUCAAGAAAUCUAUCGCACGCGUUUUGACUGUUUAUAACGAAAAAAGAAGAACUGAGGCUAAAUUUGUCUACAGUGGAAAAAAAUAUAUUCCAAAAGAUCUUAGAUUAAAAGCUACGCGUGCUAUGAGACGACGAUUAACUCCUGAACAAAAAAACAAAAAUACUGUCAAAGCUCAAAAAAAAGCAAGCAAUUUUCCCAUUCGACGGUAUGCUCUAUUAGAAGCUAUGGAUACAGAGUAAACAUUAGUUUUUUUUUUUAAAUAAUCAUAACUAUAAAAAUGAAACAUUUCGAUUUGUUAUAUUGAUCAAUUAAACAAUAACUUUCCUAAAUACACUGACA